CAAAUCUGUUUAGUUUUCUUGAAGCCUGGAAAGAAAAGUAAAAAAUGGUUCAAGCCAAUGAUGUCGAAGAUGCCACAGCCAGGCAGAAGCAGAUUGAUGAUUGGCUUCCCAUCACUUCUGCUAGGAAUGCCAAAUGGUGGUACUCUGCUUUCCACAAUGUCACUGCCAUGGUUGGGGCUGGCGUCCUCAGCCUUCCUUAUGCCAUGUCAGAACUUGGAUGGGGUCCUGGUGUGGCUAUUAUGAUUCUGUCAUGGAUCAUCACCCUAUACACACUCUGGCAAAUGGUUGAGAUGCAUGAAAUGGUGCCCGGGAAGCGGUUUGAUAGGUACCAUGAGCUGGGGCAGCAUGCCUUUGGAGAGAAGCUGGGGCUGUGGAUUGUGGUACCCCAACAGCUAGUUGUGGAAGUUGGUGUCAACGUAGUGUAUAUGGUCACAGGAGGAAAAUCACUGGAGAAGUUCCAUGAUGUGAUUUGUCCAAGUUGCAAAAAAAUCAGGACAUCCUACUGGAUUAUGAUUUUUGCUUCUUCCCACUUUGUUCUCUCCCAUCUCCCCAACUUCAACUCCAUCUCUGGUAUCUCACUGGCUGCAGCAGUCAUGUCCUUGAGUUACUCAACAAUUGCAUGGGGAGCUGCUUUACACAAGGGGGUUGAACCAAACGUGGACUACAGCUACAAAGCUAAAACCAAUUCUGGAGCUGUCUUUAACUUCUUCAGCGGGUUGGGAGACAUAGCAUUUGCCUACGCCGGUCACAAUGUGGUUUUGGAGAUCCAAGCAACCAUUCCCUCUACGCCGGAGAAGCCUUCCAAGGGUCCCAUGUGGAAAGGAGUGAUUGUGGCAUACAUUGUGGUUGCUUUGUGCUACUUCCCUGUUUCUUUUGUUGGCUACUGGGUUUACGGAAACAAAGUCGAAGACAACAUCCUCAUCUCAUUAGAGAAACCCGUUUGGCUAAUUGCAGCUGCUAACAUGUUUGUUGUGGUCCAUGUCAUUGGAAGCUACCAAGUGUUUGCAAUGGGAGUGUUUGACAUGGUUGAAACUUUUCUGGUCAAGAAGAUGAACUUCACGCCUUCUUUCGCCCUUCGAUUUGUUACUCGCACUACAUACGUCGCAUUUACCAUGGUCGUUGGUAUGGCCAUCCCUUUCUUCAGUGGCCUUCUGGGAUUCUUUGGGGGAUUUGCUUUCGCCCCAACCACAUAUUUCCUUCCCUGCAUCAUGUGGCUUUCCCUCUACAAACCAAGACGAUUCAGUCUAUCUUGGUGCAUGAACUGGCUAUGCAUUACACUUGGUGUUACGUUGAUGAUUGUAGCACCCAUUGGAGCCCUAAGAAAUAUCAUUCUGCAAGCAAAAACCUACAAAUUCUUCUCAUGAACUACUAGUUUAUAUAUGCAACAAGAGUUCAUCUUAAUAUAUUCAAGCUCAAAAGUAGAUGAUCAUGUUGAUGAGGCCAUCAUCACAGCAGUUGGCAUUGGAAGUUUGACUUUUGUACCUCCAAGGAACAUGAUAGGAUAUGACUCAUGAGGGCUUCCUUGAGCUGUUGCAGAAUAAUUAUGGCUAAACACGUCCAGUAGUAUUGUUAACUUUUUUAUUAUUUAUUUAAUACGAAUUAGUAGUCUGUGUAAACACAAUACUACGCAAGAAAAGAAAAGGGAUCAGAUUAGUUGAACUGCAAAUAAUAUUGAAUAUGGUAGGAGAAGUUGUUGCAUGUCAGAGAGGAAUAAAUCGGUUCUUUCUUUCCC